UGAGGUGGUAACAUUUGUUAAGAAAUAAAAAAGUAGAAAUGCGUAUUUUGGCAAUAUUCUUUGCCGUUGUUGCGUUCGGGAGCCAGGCUUUGGCCCAAUUCGAGACCCACCAGUGGAGCAACCGUAGUGGUAUCGUGCAUCUAUUCGAAUGGAAAUGGGACGACAUUGCGGAUGAGUGCGAGCGAUUCCUAGCCCCGAGAGGAUAUGCAGGAGUCCAGGUAUCACCUCCGACAGAGAAUAUUAUAAUCCCGAACAGACCGUGGUGGGAGCGUUAUCAGCCGGCAUCAUACCAUUUGAACACACGAUCCGGCACUGAACAGCAGUUCGCCAGCAUGGUUCGUCGGUGUAAUCAAGUUGGGGUGAGAAUCUAUGUCGAUAUCGUGAUUAAUCACAUGGCGGCUGUGUCCGGAGUCGGAACGGGUGGUUCCGUAAUCGAUGUCGAAGGGUUGAACUUCCCUGCCGUACCGUAUGGACGCAAUGAUUUCAAUCCUGCUUGCGGAAUUUACGACUACGGAAAUCGAUACCAGGUUCGCAACUGUUGGCUAGUUGGAUUACCGGAUUUGAAUCAAGGUGUGCCGUGGGUGCGUGAUCGUAUAGUAGAUCUGAUGAACAAGUGUAUCGAUUAUGGAAUCGCUGGUUUCCGCGUUGAUGCCGUCAAGCACAUGUGGCCUGAAGAUUUAGAGCUGAUCUAUAACCGUUUGAGUAAUCUCAAUGUCAACCACGGAUUUCGUGUGGGCGCAAAAGCAUUCUUAACCCAAGAGGUUAUCGAUUUGGGUGGCGAAGCUAUUGGUAGAGAUGAAUAUACCCAUCUAGGAACGAUUACGGAGUUCAGACACUCUGCUGAAAUUGGACGCGUAUUCCAUGGACGCGAUCGUCUCAGGCAUCUGAUCAAUUGGGGUGAGGGAUGGGGAUUCUUGCCUUCGCACUUGGCUCUUGUUUUCGUUGACAAUCAUGACAACCAGCGUGGACAUGGUGCCGGAGGGGAUAACAUACUCACCUACAAGCUCCCGAAGAACUACAAAAUGGCUUCAGCGUUCAUGUUAGCUCAUCCAUUCGGUAUCCCCCGGGUGAUGAGUUCAUUCGCUUUCAACCACGGUGAUCAGGGACCGCCACAGGAUGCGGAUGGAAAUCUGAUCCCACCGUCGAUCAACGCCGAUAACACUUGUGGGAAUGGUUGGGUUUGCGAGCAUCGAUGGCGUCAGAUUUACAAUAUGGUCGAAUUCCGGAACGUUGUAGCGGGAACCAAUAUCAACGACUGGUGGGAUAAUGGCUUCCAACAGAUUGCAUUCUGUCGAGGAGGCAGCGGUUUCAUUGCCUUCAAUCUGGAGAGUUUUGAUCUGAAUCAGAAUCUACAAACUUGCCUGCCAGCGGGAGAUUACUGUGAUGUUAUAUCGGGAAGCAAAAUCAAUGGCAGAUGUACCGGCGGUGUCGUUCGUGUGGGAAGCGAUGGUCGUGCUGAUAUUCGCAUUGCUGCGAAUGCUGAAGAUGGCGUAUUGGCCAUUCACCGUAAUGCUAGACUAUGAUUUGGUAAUAAAGAGCCUUUCGUUGU